GUAGUUUCAAUGAACCGGAAGUAAUACGUUUGACAGGCUAGAGUAAUGCCGUACUAAUGAUCUCUGGCUAGAUUAUGUUUUCAUGCUUAAUCGUGUUCUGUUAGGAUUCAUGCAUAAGUUUGCAGACCGGUUAUAAGCUGUCGUACACAACUGCCAUGUGGCUGAAUAUAGUUUAGGCAAGAGCGCAUAAAACCCCCCAAGACCCGCGUACGCCCAUGUUAUGGGAAAGAAGACGAGAUCGAGCUGGUGGAGUAUCAGUAAUGUCAGAUUGAAGCGCGGCUUUUGAAGCUGAGCUAUUACAAAUAACGAAGUGCUCCUAGGUGCAGGCAUGCCUGGGAAGCUGAAGGCCAAAAUUGUGGCAGGGCGCCACUUGCCUGUCAUGGACAGGGCCAGCGAUCUGACGGAUGCUUUUGUUGAGGUGAAAUUUGGGAAUACUACUUUCAAAACUGACGUGUGCCCCAAGUCCCUGAACCCCCAGUGGAACUCUGAGUGGUUUAAAUUUGAGGUGGAUGAUGAGGAUUUACAGGACGAGCCGCUGCAGAUCACUGUGUUGGACCAUGACACCUACAGUGCCAAUGAUGCUAUAGGCAAAGUCUAUAUUGACAUAGAUCCCCUCUUAUCAUGCGAAGCUGCUACAGUCAUCUCUGGCUGGUUUCCCAUCUAUGACACGAUUCAUGGUAUUCGUGGGGAGAUCAAUGUUCUUGUGAAGGUGGACCUCUUCAACGACUUAAAUCGCUUCAGACAAUCGUCCUGCGGAGUUAAAUUCUUUUGCACUACGUCCAUCCCGAAAUGUUACCGGGUGGUGAUGGUGCAUGGGUUUGUGGAGGAGCUGGUGGUGAACGAAGACCCAGAGUACCAGUGGAUCGACCGCAUUCGGACCCCUCGGGCGUCCAAUGAAGCUCGCCAGAGGCUCAUCUCGCUGAUGUCUGGCGAGCUCCAGCGGAAGAUUGGCCUGAAAGUGCUGGAGAUGGGAGGCAACGCAGUGGUGGGCUACCUGCAGUGCUUUGAUCUGGAGGGGGAGUCUGGCCUGGUAGUGCGAGCCAUCGGGACGGCCUGCACACUGGAUAAACUAAGUAGUCUCCCUACAGCUGUCCUACCUGCAUGCAAUUCCCCAUCCAGAGAAAUGAAAGAGUCCCCGGUGGCCCAGGUGCCCAGCCACGGAUGCCGCUCGUCGCACAACAGCCCCGUUCACUCUGCCGCCACUGCCAGCGCGCGACUCUCUCAGGGCUUCUCUGUGUCUGUUCCUACCCUCAUCUUCACUGGUAUGAGACUGCAUAGGCACAGGAGCUUGGGAGAGACGGGCCGUGAACAUACGGCUCAGACUGUAUUGCCAGGCAGGCAGUGUAGGCCUCCCUUCAGUGAAGACCCCAACCCCAAUAUUCAUUCAUCCGGACCCUCCACCCCACUGAAAAACCAAACCUAUUCCUUUUCACCCUCCAAGUCCUACAGCCGACAAUCUUCCUCUUCUGACACAGAUUUGAGUUUGACACCUAAAACUGCAGCGGGGGCAGCAUCGUCGCGUGUGGGGCCCAGGGUCUCCCUGAGCCCUAGCUCCCCCGCCCUCUCUUCCGAGCCCCUGUCCAUACCAAACACUUUCUUCCUCCCCCUGGGGCCCCGGUCCGGCCACGGCUCCGCCACUCCUCCGCCUGUCUCGGCCCAGUCAAACGCCACCAUGCUGAGAAAAAGCGUGUCCUUCAGUGAGGACUUGCUGCUGGCGGCCUUCGGAAUGGGCAGCGGGGGCAGUGCUGGGAAGGACGGCGGUCCGCUGAAAACCCUGCUGAGGCAGCAGACGCAGUCGGCGCUGGAGCAGCGGGAGUUCCCGUUUUUCACCCUCACCUGCUUCCCCCCUGGCUUCCUGGUCCACGUUGGGGGUGUGGUCAGCGCACGGUCAGUCAAGCUUCUGGAUCGUAUCCACAAUCCCGCCUUGGGUAACACAAGAUCAUACAAACUGCUAGACUGGAAUAGUUUCACUGCAGAUGAGCCAGAGACCCGAGAUGCCUGGUGGGAGGAGAUCCGGCAGGAGAUCAAGUCUCAUGCAAAAGCGCUGGGCUGCCACGCCGUGGUGGGCUACAGCGAGUCCACCAGCAUCUGCGAGGAGGUGUGCAUCCUUUCUGCGUCGGGCACGGCAGCAAUCCUCAACCCCAAGUUCAUGCAGGAGGGCUGCCUGGACAGCUACAGCGAACACAGCAGGUUGGAAGAUCCGUCGCCCCCUAGCUGUGGCUUUUGUCACAUUCCCUACGACGAGCUCAACAUGCCCUUCCCAGCUCACCUCACGUACUGCUACAACUGUCGCCGGCAGAAGGUCCCGGAUGUGCUCUUCACCAGCAUAGACCUGCCGGUGGAGGCAGCGGUGAUGGGCAAGGGCAGCUUGAUCCAGGCCAGGCUGUGCCGGCUGAAGAAGAAGGCCCAAGGGGAGGUGAACGCCACUGCCAUCAGCAACCUGCUGCCCUUCAUGGAGUAUGAGCUGCACACCCAGCUGAUGAACAAGUUGAAGCUGCGCGGCAUGAAUGCCCUGUUCGGGCUGCGCGUGCAGAUCAGCGUGGGCGAGAACAUGCUGGUGGGGCUGGCGUCUGCCACAGGCGUGUACCUGACGGCCCUGCCCGCUCCGGGGGGCAUCCAGAUAGCGGGGAAGACGCCCAGCGACAUCACCUACGAGCAGCAUAUCUCCAACAUGCAGAAGAAGAUCAACGACACCAUCGCCAAAAACAAGGACCUCUACGAGAUCCAACCCCAGGAGUUCAUCGAGGAGGUGAUUGGGUCGCCUAUUCCAGAGUCCCGGCAGCGUUCCCGACUUUUCCGGUCACACUCAGAAAGCUCAGAUGAGGUGUCGGAGCUUGACUUGUCACACGGAAAGAAGGAUGCCUUUGUCCUUGAAAUUGACGACACAGACGCCGUGGAGGACAUCCACUCCCUCCUCACCGACGCGCCUAUGCCAUCAGGCUUUUAUAGCUGUAAUACGGAGAUUAUGCCUGGGAUUUACAACUGGACAUCAAGUUUACAGAUGUUCACUUCGGUGCGCGUAUUCCGGCUGAACAACAUUAACCUGACCAACCAAGGACUUAACAAGAUUUUUAAUGACCUCUGUGAGAAUCUGCUCAAGAGUCUGUACUUCAAGCUGCGCUCCAUGGUUCCCUGCUGCCUUUGCCGUUUGAACUUCGCUGUGGCCGUACCAGAAGAGGAGCUCAUUCAGGUGGCCGUCACUGCUGUUGCCAUGACUUUUGACAAGGAGCAGACUCAAGAAAACUGCAAAGCAAAUAUGGAGAAGGCAGUAAUGAAAGUGAUAUCAGAGAAUGAAGAGCAGCUUCAGUUCCCACUGGAACUGUGCACAGAGACUCCAGCUCCACAGCCCUUCUCCCCCAGCAAAGGCACAGGGCACCAAGAUGGCAGUGGCAUCCACACCUCCGCCAGAGCCACCUCAGUUGAUUACAGUUCCUUUGCAGACAGAUGCAGCACCUGGAUAGAGCUCAUUAAACUGAAAGCUCAGGCCAUAAGACGUGGAUCAAUUAAGACAACAGCCUCCCAGGAGAGAGGCAGCCCGCUACCAGAGGGGUGUUCGCGGUCCCUACGCUGUUUGCGCCCGUUCCCCAGCAGCACGGUCUCUGUUGUCAAAAUGACCCCGCUUUCCUUCCUCCCGGGCACUCGAAUCAUCAAGUACCUGGGUAUCAUCAACAUGUUCUUCAUCCGGGAAACCACGUCACUGCGGGAGGAAGGGGGAGUCAGUGGGUUCCUGCACUGUUUUAUUGCUGAGGUGUUUGCCAUGGUGCGGGCGCAUGUGGCAGCCCUGGGAGGGAACGCCGUGGUGUCCUACAGCAUGAAGGAGUGUGUCUUCAUGGAGAACCCCAACAAGAACCAGGCUCAGUGCCUUAUCAACGUGAGCGGCGACGCUGUCAUCUUUGUGCGGGAGUCGGAGGCGGAUGUGGCAUCUAUUCCUGCUCAGACAUCUAGCAUGCAGAAUUCGAGCACCGCUGCAGAAGCCAAUGCAUAGAGAGAGAACACACACACACACUCACACACACACACACAAGCAUGCACUGGCAUGUGCUAUCCAAGCCAACUCUGGAUUUGUGGUUGUCUUUGACCUUCAGGACAAGCGCCCAAAGGUCAAUGCCUCUCCAUAAUCACCAUUACUUUAAUACUGAGGGGGGAAAAAGGACCACAGGGUCUGAGACACUGGGCUGGCCAGGUGGAUUCUGUGAAAGUUGUGUGGACAUCUCUAUUUAUUUAUUGAUUGUUUUUUUUUUUUUUUAAUGAAAUCAGGAUCACGGCGGGUGUCCAAAUGUUUCAGUGUCUCGUGGUCUGGGAUUCCUCUGGUCGGAGACUUCAGUAAAUUGUCCACGCUUUCGUAGAAUGCCCACCCGGCCGUGUCGGGCACCUGAGAGGACACCCGUGCCAAAUCAGUAAGAAGGCCCCCAUUGACGUUCCAUGCCUUUACACAAAGCAGAGGCAGCUGUAUGUCAUUUUCCCGGGAUGAAGGCGUCCCUGAAGUACCUAUUCGGGAUGCUUCACCUGCGUGGUCAGAGAGGUGCGGUGGGUACUCUGUGCCACUUGCACUCGACUCUUUUAUAUAUAUAUUUUCAGUGCACUUUUUAAGGUGGGAAGACAAGAAGUGUUUUUCCUUCUGUCAAACAUCCUUGCUUGAGAAGCUCAUACUAAAUAAAUGUAAUGAAACUCGUGUCGCAAAGUGCGCUGCUCUUCUCAUGGUUAAGGUGCCGCAGAAUUUAAUUUCAUUUUUAGUUGUGUACUACUGAAUUUUUGAUAUUUUUUUAAUUCUGUCUAAUGCUGGAAAAUGCAGUUUUUUUUUUUUUGUUUUUUUUUUAGUGUAGGUGCCACAAGCAACCUUUUUAUUUGUGUAAAUGUGUAUUAAAAAAAUCAGAUGGGUAUUUUUGUAAAAAAAAAAGAAAAUAAAGUGAGCGAUUUAGUAAAUUGUGUUUAGUUGCAUGAGCCAUUUGAACCUUUGGGAGUAAGUCUGUAGCCUGUAAUCCUAGUGAAUAGUGCAGAACAGGCAGGUUCAAUCAGUGUAAGACUUGAAUGUACAGAAGGGGGCGCUGUUGCUUUCUUCUAAUUAGCAACAUGGUAACCUUUUCAAUGGACACGUUCCCUGUAAUUUGGCCCAGUCCUUCUUAAUCUUGCACAAUAAAGUUCUAUUUAAAAGGUGA